UGGCGGGUAGUAGCUCAACGGAGGGAUGGAGGCUGAAGCAAGCUAUGAUUUUGUUGCCAAUGCAGAAGAUGAGCUUGGGUUUAAAAAAGGAAGUCUUCUGAAAGUACGUUUUGGUUCAGAUGGAUUUCAAGAGGUGUAUUUAAGUGAUACUACAAAUUGCCGUAAACUAACAGCACACAGGAAGUUGUAAAAUAAACUGUGGAUUAGACUACCCAAAUCUGGGAUGACUUAUUUUAGAAUUUUGAAAGUUUUGGCAUUACGGUUGGGAGAAUAGUUAGUCCAUAAGUUAUUCAGGUGUCUAUUACAGUUGACGUCUCUCAGAUCUGCCGGAAUUUAUAAUCAGCUGUGAAAACUUUGAACGCGUAAGAUACUUUGUGUAGAAGACGACCCAAACUGGUAUCUAGCUGAACAAGAAGGACGAACAGGUCUAAUACCAUGCAAUUAUAUUACAAUGCGUCCACACCCUUGGUACAUACGACACUGUAGUCGUAUGGAAGCUGAAGAAAGGCUUCAAGAAGUCGAUCCAGAGACAGCACAGCAUUUACAACCGGAUGGAGCUUUCAUAUUGCGCCAAAGUGAAGCAGAUGGCAAGGGUUUUAGUUUAUCAGUCAGCAGGGCUGUGAAGUGCUCCAUUUCAAAGUGCUUUCAAGAUGAAGCUGGGAAGUAUUUUUUCUGGUUAUCAAAAUUUGACUCCAUCAACCAGUUAAUCGAUCAUCAUCGAAAGACAAGUAUAUCGCGCAAUCGUCUGUUGACUUUAGUUGAUCUAGUCCCAUCCAAGCGUUUUCCCACUAAUGUUCGAAAAUUCCAACUUGAUCGCGUGAUAGCCAGGUUUGAUUUCAUCGCUAAAGAUGUCGGUGAACUAUCCCUACAUCGUGGUGAUGUUGUCGAGGUAAUUAAUCGUGAUGAUGAAAAUUGGUGGCAUGGUCGUACAUCAGAUGGACGAUGCGGUUUAUUCCCAUCGAAUUAUGUAGACGAUUUGCCUUCAGUUAUAUAA